GAGGCUGAAGUGAACAAAGUGUCUCAAAAUUCUGGCCUCCUACUUUAUCCUCACUCGCAUAGUCUGGCACUUCCGGACUGGGCGAUUAGUUCUGGCGAAAUUGUAUCUCUCUUCCGCGUCCACCGACCGUCCUACGCUGACAGCGCCCAAACUUAUGGGGGGAAGUGUAGCAGUAGUUAUCCGGACCCGGUUACCGCGCCAGGGCCUCGUUAUCGCGACGAGCCCAGCAACAAGGUAGCCGGGGUGACCGUGGCUUUAGAGAUAUGGCGACCGCCCGGCCACUGGGGCAAAGGGCAGCAGGAGGCGCGUGACCGGUCUGGAGGGCGGAGGACUAACGAGGACGAAGAGGAGGACGGGUGGUGGCCGGCUGACGGAUGGAUGUGGGCUCUCAUGAGAGCCCGACUUGUAGGACCGACUUGGGCAAGUUUAGUCGAGUUUGGUUGGGAUAAACAGAGCAGAUGCGUCAAAUGCAAAAAUGCCCACUUGCCCAGUCUGCCGGGGCGCAGGGCCGGUCAACUCGCCCUACACUUAGAGCUCGUUCUGUCAAGUUAUAUCGUCAAGCCCACUCGCCCCUAUGCCCUCUGGUCAUACGACUUUGUAUCUGUGUCUGUGCACAUGUGUUUGUGUGUGUGUGUAUGUAUGGGUGUGUAG